ACGUGUCCAAUUAUUUCCCCAUGUCUGUUUAUCCCCUAUUACAAUAUCUGUUUGUUUCUUCUAGACCAAAGCUGGACAUUCUAAGAGAUACACCCAGUUUUCAAACGGGAAAUGCAACAAAGAAAAUCGGCAACUUUAAUCACACUUCAAGACCCAGACUUAAAAAUGUGGACAGGAGUACGGCCCAACAGCUCGCUGUAACUGUGGGGAAUGUCACUGUAAUAAUCACAGACUUUAAAGAAAAGACUCGUUCUUCAUCCACAUCUUCAUCCACAGUUACCUCCAGUGCAGGCUCAGAACAGCAGAAUCAGAGCUCCGGCUCUGAGAGCACAGACAAGGGAUCUUCUCGAUCUUCAACCCCAAAAGGCGACAUGUCUGUUGUCAAUGACGAGUCUUUCUGAAGAAAACCAAUAUUGCACACAAAUUUGGUGGAAACUCUGAAUCUGGGUCUGGAAUUCCCAAACACCCAUCUGCCUGUGUUUUGUUUGUUCUCCUGGAGCUUUUUUGGGGGAUGGAAGCACUCACUUCACUUUUCUUGGACUACAAGUUCAUUCUUAACGCUGCCAGGAAAAAUUUGUGCGUGACACAUGGGCAUUUGGAUACCCAGGAAUUCCCUACCCUCGACACUUGCGUAUUCCAUUAUUUUAUAUGAUUUUCUUAAUAAUCAUUUAUAAUUGGGUGUGCGCCUACAUCUACUUUUUUAUACAAAUCUACUGUGCACAGUUUUUUUCAUGUACAUUGUAUCUUUUUUUUUUUUUCUUUCUUUUUUUUUGACUUAUUUAUUGCAUCCACAAGUCCUCAUCAACUUCCUGCAUACCCUUUUUUAUUUGUUUUUCUUUUCUUCCUGUAAUACAGCGUACUAUCAAUUUUUAUACAUCAAUAUAUAUAUAUAUAUAAAUAUAUAAAUAAAUAUAUAUAUAAAUAAAUGGUUAUUUGAAACCAAUACAUAGAAAUUACACUGGUGCUCGAUACACUGUGAAGAGAAAACAUUGAACACAGAAUGAAGAAAAGACCUUUAACCCGUUUGCUGCAGGGCACCCUUGCUGCAGAGGGGUUAACAAAAAUAAAAAAUAAAAAAAUUGUUAAAACCUCUAAGAGGAUAUUAAUACAUUUUUAUUUAGACCCCUUUUUCCUUAGAUUUUGUUUUCCAUAUAUUUUUUUUUUAACCCUUUCAAAUGAUCCGUUAAUGAAAACGGCAAAGUUAAGAUGGGAAUCCGGAGUAUGUAGUCCGCUUCAUACAACUGAUUUUGGCCAAAAUGCUGUAGUUGCGACCUUUGGAGCCUGUAUUGUUUUCCCCCAAACACCAGCUUCACCAAUUAGCACAUGCUAGGACUGAAUGGAAUCUAGUCUUGGCUUUAUCAUUUUGGAAACGUUUAAGAGGAUACGCAUAUCCAGGAUCUACUUCCGUGUUUGUUUCUGAGUGAAAUGUGAGGGAUUAGAAACGUUUGUUGUCUGUUAUAAAGAAGAUUCCGUUUGGAUGGGCACGACAGCCCUUGGGUGGCUUAUUCAGAUGGAAAUUUCUUUCAAAUCACUAUCUCUGCUACAACCAUUGAGCAUUUUAAAGAAUCACUGGGAUUCUAAAGAAUAAUUUUGCAUUAAUAUGUUAUGAUUGUACAGGCUACUAGUUUUAUGUUCCACUUGUAAAACACAAUUUCCAUUUUAAAUAUACAGGCCGUAUAUAUCAACA